CACCAGCCCCCGCGCCCUCCCUGCGGUCGGGUCCUGGCGCCCGCGCAGAACCAGCUGUCUGAGCUGCUGGGGCGGCGGGGGUGCAGAGAGCGGGCUUCAGCGAGCCAGAGAAGGCACAGGCCUAUCCUGGGUACCCGCAGGUCUGCGCCUCUGUUGUUCCCAGUGCUCUGCGAGGCCUGAAAAGGAGGAGCAACCUGUCCAGAAUCCCCGCAGGACAGGAAAAGGAGGGGAAAUCUCGACAUGGAAAAACUCUGCAAUGAAAAUGAAGGAAUGACUUCGAACCAAGGAAAGAUGGAAAAUGAAGAACAGCCACAGGACGAGGGAAAGCCAGAAGUAGCUUGUACUCUGGAAGACAAGGAGAAGUUAGAAAAUGAGAGAAAGACAGAAAACAAGGGCAAGACAGGAGAUGAGGAAAUGUUAAAGGAUAAAGGAAAGCCAGAAAGUGAGGAAAAGGCAAAAGAAGAAGGAAAGUCAGAGAAGGAGGGAGAGGCAGAGAUGGAGGGAGGAUCAGAGAGAGAGAGAAAGCCAGAGAGAGAGGAAAGGGCAGAGGGUGAAGGAGAGCCAGACAGUGAGGGAGAGCCAGGGAGUGAGGGAGAGCCAGAGAGUCAAACAAGGACUGCAGGAAAGCGCCCAGCUGACGAUGAUGUACCCAGGAAAGCCAAAAGAAAAACCAACAAGGGGUUGGCUCAUUACCUCAAGCAAUAUAAGGAAGCCAUACAUGAUAUGAAUUUCAGCAAUGAAGACAUGAUAAGAGAAUUUGACAACAUGGCUAGGGUGGAGGAUAAAAGGAGAAAAAGCAAACAGAAGUUGGGGGCGUUUUUGUGGAUGCAAAGAAAUUUACAGGACCCCUUCUAUCCUAGGGGUCCAAGGGAAUUCAGGGGUGGCUGCAGGGCCCCACGAAGGGACACUGAAGACAUUCCUUAUGUGUAGUGUCCCUGGCAGACAUUUGUCAGGUCAUAUGUUUUACCUGUGGCAAUACUUUGCUUUAGGUGUUCUUCCUGCUACCAGUAGCCUUUUGACCCAACUGCCAGUGCUUGCUUGCUCUAUGUUUCAGUAGCAGAUUUUCACACAUGUGCAUUGCAGAGACGUUAUGAUUCUUGGAAAAAUAAAGCAGCUUAUAUCAUCUA